AUGAAUUUAUUAGCAAUUUUUUUGACAAAAUAUGUAGAAGAUGUUAUUUUCCUUUGUAAUGCCACAGAUUUAAAUUCUUAUUCUUUUAUAAAAAAAAAGGCCUUUAAAGAAGCCGCCUUUUUUGUGGCUAGAACUAUUCCAUCACGGAUAGAAUAUAAUACCAAAGAAAUAAUAACUCAUGAAAAUAAUACAGUUUUCGCUUUUAAAUAUGCAGACAAUAUUUGUCCUAUUGUAAUAGCUACAGACGAUUAUCCGGAAAGGGUUGCUUUUUAUAUGAUAAAUGAGAUUUAUAGAGAUUUCAUAAGUACCAUUCCCAAGGAAGAAUGGUCGAGUGUAAAACAAGACAAUAAAAUAUCGUUUAAUUUGUAUACAUAUUUAACAAAAUAUAAGGACCCUUUAAAUUGCGACGCUAUAACCCAAACAAAUAUAAAAAUUAAUGAAAAUAUUGAAAAAGUUAGAGUAACAAUGGAUGCUCUUAUAAGGAAUAGAGAGAAUUUGGACGUCCUUGUUGAUAAGAGCAAGGAUCUUUCAUCAACGACAAAACAGUUAUUCAAACAAAGUAAAAAACUGAAGAAGAAGCAAUGUUGCAGCAUUAUGUGA